AUGGCUGCUAUCCUAUUCUUUUUCCUUAUGCUCUCCGCAAAUUUUCUGGCAACAACUCAACAGGGGCAUUUCAAUAAAAGUCUAGGCUCUUCUCUAACUCCCACUAGAAACUCCUCCUGGCUGUCACCUUCUGGUUUUUAUGGUUUCGGAUUCUAUCAGCAAGGGAAUGGUUUCUGUGUAGGAAUUUUUAUUGCAGGAAUACCUCAAAAGACAGUUGUUUGGAAAGUGAAUCGCGACAGCCCACCGGUUCCUACCAAUGUUACCUUGCUUCUUACGGGUGGUGGAAGACUCAUUCUUCAAUCAGCAGAAGGCGAAGAAACAUCCAUUGUAAAUACUCCUAAACCUGUUGCAAAAGCAUCUAUGCUUGAUUCGGGGAACUUUAUUCUCUAUAAUUCUGAUGAGGAGAUAAUAUGGCAGAGUUUUCGAAACCCCACUAAUAUAGUAUUACCAGGUCAAGGCCUCUUGGCAGGAGAAGAGUUGUAUUCAAGUGUGUCUGAAACGGAUCAAUCAACGGGGAUCUUUCGUCUUAAGAUGCAACACGAUGGAAACCUGGUGCAAUACCCAAAGGAUACUCCAGACUCAUCAGCAUAUGCUUAUUAUUCAUCUUUUACGUAUGGAAGAGGUGAUAAUGUGUCCCUAAACCUUGAUUAUGAUGGCCAUCUUUACCUACUUAAUUCUACUGGAUUCACUAUUAAAAAUCUUGUACCAGGAGGCUAUUCUACAGAAGAAACAAUCUAUUUGAUGAAAGUUGAUGCGGAUGGAAUCUUUCGACUGUAUUCAUUUACAACAAAUCAGAGCAAUAUGUCAGUUGUAUGGGCUUCUUCGGAUGACAAGUGUUCGCCAAAGGGUCGUUGUGGCCUAAACAGGUAUUGUGUUAAAAAUGAUGGAGAUAUUUACUGUCAAUGUCUUCCGGGAUUUGCAGUUAGUGGAGAAAGAGGCUGUCAACAGAAUUUUUCGACCGAGAACUGCGAAAGCAAGAAUGGAAAUAUCAAAUAUACUAUUGAGAGGGUUGCAAACACCACAUGGGAAGACACUUCAUAUUCUAUUCUGUCAUUACCAACCAAUGAAGAAUGUGAAAAAGCAUGCUUGGAAGAUUGUAUUUGUGAAGCUGCAAUGUUCGGAGAUGGAAAAUGCAGAAAGCAAAAACUUCCUCUGAGAUUUGGGAUAAAACUUGAGAGCGAGUCAAACUUAGCUCUCAUCAAAGUAGGUGUUUCAAAUUUUGCAGGUGCCCCCAGAGAAGGGGAUGAGCCUAAAGGAGGGAAGAAAGAGAGCCAUAUAGUCAAUGUUUCACUCCUUGUUGUUGCAUUCAUUAUUUUGAUAAUUUCUGGAGUCCUUGUUUACAGGAAUCGAGUUCAUGGAUGUAAAAGGAUUUCAAACAAAAUUCGGUUAGACGAGGAUUUUGGUCUAAAAUCAUUUACUUACUUGGAGCUAUUGAAUGUGACUAACAAUUUUACAGAAGAGAUUGGUAGAGGAGCAUUUGGGACAGUUUUCAGGGGGGAAAUAUCUCAUAAUCAGAAGGUGAUAGCUGUUAAGAGACUGGACAGAGUUUCAACUGAAGGAGAAAAAGAAUUUCAGACUGAGAUGACAGCAAUUGGGAAAACUCAUCACCGGAACUUAGUCCGACUACUUGGCUACUACCAUGAGGGGCCUAACCGGCUGUUGGUAUACGAGUACAUGAGCAAUGGUUCCCUUGCAGAUCUGCUCUUUACACUUGAAAAGCAACCAUGCUGGGAUCAGCGAAUGGAUAUUGCUUGCAACAUAGCAAAAGGUCUCCUCUACCUUCAUGAAGAUUGUGAAACCCGGAUUAUCCAUUGUGAUAUAAAGCCUCAAAACAUUCUCAUAGAUGAGCAUAAUUGUGCAAAAAUAUCAGACUUCGGAUUGGCAAAACUUUUGAAGCCUGACCAAACUAGAUCACUGACAAGGAUUAAAGGAACAAGGGGAUAUGUUGCUCCAGAAUGGCAUAGAAAGCUACCUGUAAUAGUCAAAGCAGAUGUUUACAGUUUCGAAAUUGUACUAUUGGAGAUCAUAUGUUAUCGGCGAUGUGUUGAUUGGACCUUACCUGAAGAGGAAGCUAUUCUUGAAGAGUGGGUUUACAAUUGUUUUCAGGCUGGCGAGCUGGGAAAAGUAGUGGGUGGUGAAGAAGUUGACAAACUGCAGUUGGAAAGGAUGGUUAAAGUGGGACUUUGGUGCAUCCAAUACGAGCCAUCACUCUGUGCUUCAAUGAAAACAAUUGUAUUGAUGUUGGAAGGCAUAAUAGAUAUCCCAUUUCCUCCAAAUCCUACUUUUUUUUUCUUAGUGCCAUUUGUAAUGUUUUUGUUUGCAGUACUGUAA